GAUGUUUUGAUCAGCAUCACUUUUUAAAGACAUGAUUUACUUACGAAUCAUUUCAUGAUAUCUAAUUUAUUUCAAUCAAUUGUAUUAUUAGUUUAUCUUUGAUUUGUUUAGAAAAUUAUUUUUCAAUAUCUGACAUCAUAUUCUAAAUUAUUUAUCCUCGCACCGUUUCCAAAGUAAUUACAAAGAUUCUUUAUAAAACCGGUUUGCCACUCCAAUCAGCUUCUCCUGUACAAUCAUUCGUUGUUACCUUUGAAUUCGAUUGUAAAGGUUGGAUCGACAGUACCACUACUGCUAACAACAAUAAAGUUAAUUUACGAAAUUUUAUCAUCUCUUGUUUCAGUCCAAUCUAUUGUAAACAGUCACCAAAUCUUGGGUUCAUUUUGCAAUGUUCAUCCUGGUUCAUUGAGAUAAAUCUCAUCCAUCAUCAUCUCAUCGUUCAUCAUAAAUCAUCAAACAAAACAAACCUUUCAUCUUGUUAUGGCUUCGCGUCUUGCGAAUGCAAAUCGGUGAAAUCCUCAGUGUUUAAAGAUGAAACAAGAAAGACGAGAUCAGAGUGCAAAACACAUUAAAUCAGGGCAUCCACCAUUCACCAAUCGAGCUCUACCACCAUUACCUAAAGAUAAUAAAGAUGGAGAAGAUUUGAAUGGAAGCAAUCAUGAAGGCGAAAAUGGUACUUCAGAAGCAGAAGAGCGACAAAAAGACUACUGUGCAUCAAUUGAAAAAGUCAAAGACUGUGGAUGGUAUUGGGGACCGAUUUCAGGAGAAAUGGCAGAAGCUAUUCUGCAUAACGAACCUGAUAAUAGCUUUAUAGUCCGAGAUUCAAGUGAUGAACAUUAUUUUUUUAGCUUAACUUUUAAACUGGAAGGUUUUGUUAGACAUGUUCGCAUUGAACAUGAUCAAGGUACCUUCAGUUUUGGAUCACGGCAAAAAUUUAAGAGCAAUACUAUAGUGGAUUUCAUUGAAAACUCCGUCGAGCAUUCAAGAAGUGGUCGCUUCUUAUUUUUCUUACACCGUUCACCUGUUAUGGGCCCAAUGCGUGUCCAGUUACUCCAUCCUGUUUCUAGAUUCAAAAGGAUACAAUCGCUUCAACAUAUGUGCCGAUUUGUGAUUCUCAAAUACGUCCGUCGUGACUUGAUUGAUCAUUUACCGUUACCAUCACAUUUAAAAUCAUAUCUGAAUACACCUUAUUACUAUUCAGAGGAAUUGGCUCUAUUCGAGAAAGCUAAGAAAGAAAAAGAGGGUUCAAAAUAAAAUAAUACAUAUUUAAUUGUUCUAGUCUUAAAUAAAAAAGUGGAUCACCAUUUUGUUAAUCCUGAGAGGGAUAAAAAUUCAUCGUUCGCCAUGAUUAUCAUACUUUAAAACUCUCUCACGUUUGUUUCAUCUUCUCUAUUUUUUUGUCUCCAUCGCUUUUUGUCAAAUAAUAGUAAACUGUUAUUUUAAACUAUUUACUGCAACCCUAACUUACAGUAGAGUGGACCAUAAUCCUCUUGAUGUUGGUGGACCUUUUUACUAUCCUCUUGCUUACAAGGUGCUUGACCUGUCCUAGGCGCUGAGCUGCAACCAACUGGAGUCCGAGGAAAGGUGGACUGGGUAGUCGAGAGGACUUAAGCUCUGGGUGAGCCGAUCCACAGACAUCAAGAAAAUUACGGAAUACUCUGCAAAGUAAAAGAGAAAAGUAAAUAAAAGCUAAAUUAAUCGCAAA